CAACAUUACUGGUUCUGUGGCUUGAGGUGAACCUUGUUGUGUGUGGUUCCGAAUCUUGCGACAUAAAAAAAAAAAACAAUUUGCCAAAGAUGAAUUAGUAACCGAAGCAGAAUCGUACUUAAUAUCUGUGCUAGCGAAAGAAAACAACAAAACCCGUGCCUAUACUCCCGUUCACUAGUUGUGGUCAAUAUCGGUGCAUCGGUGGUUGCCGUGUAGCGUUCGCGUCUAGUGUUCUGGCGAUUGGAUCGAAGCUCUACGCGAUAGACUUCCAUUUACCACAGGUAACACAGCCAGCCAGCCAGACAGCCAGCCAUGGGGAAUGAUUGAGUGCAGUGAGAAGGAAGAGUGUGCCAAGGAAAAGAAAGACAGCUCGCUUAUCGGAUACGGCGUAUCUUACCGUGUGUGUUAAGAUGCCCCAGUCCACGACGACCAAUCAGCAUAACGCUGGUGUGAACGUGUGCGGUUCGCACCAACAGCUUUCCUACGAUACGGCCGCCACCGCCGCAGCAAGCAUAGGACACGGAACUAGUGUAGCACCGCGAUCUAGACCGAAACCGACGCAGCAGCACACUUCGACCACACCGUCGAUUGGGCUCACACUGGCAGCAAUACCGCUGAAUCCCUCGCCGAAAAACGUCAUCUCGCCCAUUCCGGCAGCUAUCGUAGAAUGUGAUAAGUUUGUGGCCAACUUUGACGACAAGUUCCUCGGUGCGUCCGUACCGAGACAAAGUCCUGCGGAAGGAGAUUCAAAUAGUUUUAGAUUUGCGGUACCUUCGGCAGCUGUAUCACCCGCUGCUCUGCUGUCCCCCUUCGAGCAGGAUCCAAUGUCGACCUCUACCACCACGGUUUCCAUUCGCCCGCGGCCAACGGUGCUGUCGCAUUCGCAGCAGCACAUGCUUAGCAACUCGAACAGUGAGAAAUCGCUAGUCUCUCCCCUGUCCGGUUCGUCCACGUGGAAUCCGUUCGGCGAUCCUUCGCCAUUCAGCCCCAUAUCAACACUAACCGAGGAUCAACUGUUCGGUGCCGAAUUCGAUAAGCUGCGGCUCGAGGGAAGUCAAACCUCGAUUGUGACCUCGCCGGAGGAAAUGAAAUCGGACCGAUGCGUUUCAUACUGGAGCUCCCAGCGUGGAUCACUUUCGCAAGCUCUAUCGACCGGCAUGAUUGCCACGAACGGAGGAGCGUCUGGAAAGGAUCUGCUUACCCUCGAGGAAGAUCCGUUCGGUUCCGCGCCAUUUACUUUGCCGAAACGUUUCAAGCAAAAAAGUAGCUCUUCGAAGCUGGCCUCCAAAAUAAGUGACCGGUGGCGGUAUGCGGUGGGAAGUGGCCAAGGCGGAACCGGCAAAGAAAGUCUGAUAGAAAACACUCCGACCGAACCGUGCGGCAAUGGCCUAGACACGGGUAUUGGCAACUCGCAGAAGGAAGCGGGAGUAGACAAAACGGUCGGACUCGGACCAAAGAAUCUGAAGCUGGACGAUCUUAUCAGCAGUGGUGAAAAGGGCUCGCCCAGCUUCAUCAAACUCCCGUUGGACGAUCGUAACAAGUACGAAAAGCUCAACUCCAACGACAUCACCUCUGACGACAGUGAUUCGGAGUUUUACUCCGAGUCGAUCGGAUCGUCCGGUGUUGGUGGCACAGGUUCAGCAGGAAUUCAUGCCAACAGUGUUGCCAGUGGUGGAAGCGCCAAGAAGCAUAGCUUCAAACAGUUCGUGGAGAGCAACAUUCCAGAGAAGUUGCAAGCCGUGUACCAUAAGGUGGACAAGAGUCAGAUGAAAAACGUACAGCUGGUAAAGAAGCUGCGCAGUAAAGUCGCUCAAGCGGGCAAAGAUUCGGCGGCGACCAGCACCGCCACGACGAAGGGCACCAAGGAUCGUCGUUCGGGGAAAAAGAAUGGAAAUAGAGAAGAGGUGAAUGCACCAACGAACGGGAACGCGGCAUCAGACGAUGAUUCGAUUGGAUCAGCGUCGGAUCUGCGUGCGAACGAUGAUUUCCCGGAGGGAGACGAACCCAACGCGAAGGUUCCUUCUCAGGAGCCGACCCGCAGAAAACCAUUCGUACGGGGGGGAGUGUUUGGCGGGGAGGGGAGUGUGGACGAUUGUAUUAGCGAAAGUAUUAAGACGUGCGGGUCAAGUGCCUACCAUGCGGAGUGUGAAAGCGUAACCACCAACGAGGACAACACGAGCCGAAUAGUGACGCGGGUUCGCGUUAAAAAGCGGGAACAUUUGGGUUCCAAGCACAGCGUCAUCGACGAAGACGAUUCCGCCGAGGAGGAUAUGAUUCAGGGCGAGAAGCCUCUGCUGUUGGACGAUGAGCUGGACUAUGAGUCGGCGGCAGAGAAUAACACGAGUGGGGAAGAGGUCCUGAUGGAUCCAUUCACGCCCGAGGACGAGUUGGGUGUUGCAAAAAAGCAACGAAGCAGCAAUCUCGAGGAAGAUGAAGCAGAUGAAGCGGAGCUGGAUCCGUUCGCGAUGGCUCCGUUUCGUAAGCCAUUCGUGCCAAAGCGGAACAGUGGGGUAAAGUUUCUGCCCGAAGUACAUCCCAUCCCGGAGCACUGUCCUACCGGCGGUGGAAUAGAGCUGAUGGCGGGCGAUUUCAUUACAUCUACACCGAUAAAACCGGCCGCAGCCAGUCGCGAACCUGUUGCACCUGCUUCUGUUUGCAACGAAUUUUUCGAUCUGACCGUCGAUCCGAUACAACCGCAACGAGAAAAAGACUCGCCAAGCGCUCGGCGCGAUCUGUUCGGAUUGGAACCGUUUCCCAUCGUGCCGAUGGUUCCCGUUGUUUCGGCCCUUUCGCCAGCAACGGUCACAUCAUCACUGCCAACGCAAAUGGUGGCUUCCCCUACCACAGGAGCUCCUAUCGCACACGCACCUCAGGAAUCGUUAAUCUCCCGCGUUACGCUCGAGUCUGGUGGCGUAACGUUGACCCACAUCGUAAUUCCUCACACCCACAGCUCCGUGCAGACUAUUCCCAUACUCCCCGCGCCACCACCAUCAGUGCCGUCGACUAUUUCGUCCCUGUCCGCAACCGGUUCCAACCAAAACCAGCAGGCAGAUACAGCCAUGAACAGCCAUCUCCACUACAGCGGCCAACAGCACCUGACCGCACGGCGCAACUACGUAAACUUUAGCCAGAUCCCCUCGCAUAGCGUCACUUCGAUAUCGCCCGACAACAACUACGUCAACUUCUGCCCCGAUGACGAUGACGUGCGUAAUCUGAAGUCGGACGAUUACGACGACAAUAGCAGCGAUACGGUUGUGAAAGUGUCCUCCAAAGGAUUUCUGACCAAAAAGCAAAAGGUGCGGUACAAUCAUUUGCAGGAGAAGAGCAGCAGUAGCAGUGCCAGCGCCGCCGGUCACGGGCGUCCGUAUGAGGAAGCGUCCAGUGCCGCCAGCCUUGGCCAGAAAAUGAAAGCGAACGUGAGCGGAUAUCGCAAAGCGGUGCUGGAAAGUGGCGUUGGAAGCAUCGGGAAAAGCCGCAAAGAUGACCAAACGGUCAAACAACCGAAAAGCAGCUCAAAAUCCAGCACCAAAGCAAUGGGAUUCAGCAACAUGAGCUUCGAGGACUUCCCGUCGGACGAGCUGGCGGAUGAAGCGCUUGGAGCGGCCGAUGGUACACGGCUGACGAGUGCAGUUGGAGGUGGUGGUGGUGGUGGAGGUGGUGGCGGUGGGAAGCUACUCAAGAUGGCCCCGUUCGAGGUGAUCCGCAACGAGAAGAUGCUGCUGGAGGCGGAGAAAAAGUUCGGUUCCCUAAAGCGUCGCAGCAAUCCGUUCUCCUGAUUGUACGCCGAAGGAUAUAAGAAACGAAAGUGAAGCAGACUGGUGUUGCUAGGCAACCAAACUAACUUAUUGCUGCUGUAUUCUAUACCCAAUCAAGCUGAUAUCGGCAAUUCGGAAACUGCUCCCAAGCGCGGGAAUCGGUUGAGUAUUGAUCAAAAAAUUCGCCAAGAAGUAAAAACAAAAUGUACAUGCAUGGGUGGAGAAAGAUUCUUUAGAAGAACACAACACACGUGCAUGCAAUGAACCAAGAGACUGGAAAUGCUUCGUAAUGAUGAGUGAAAAUUAGUACUUGCAAGCUACUAGCUAUUACACACGCACGCACACGCAGAGACAGUAUGUGGAAUGGUCCCGGACAAGAACCGGGAACCGGCGGCACACACGACGAGCUAAACGCUUGAAAGAGGAACACAGCAGCUAAGCCUCCCUCCCAACCUCAUCGACUCCACUAAGUUACAAAGAUUUUACUAUUUAGCGAUAUUACCAAAAUGUAGCAUUAUUGUGUACGUAAGUGUGUAUAUUACGGUACUACUGUAUUAUUGUUUUGUUUUAUUAUGUAUGUGUAUGUUAUUUAUUACAACUUAUUCAAACGCAGCAGCUCGAUAGUCUGUGGGCACGUGCGUAGGUCUCUUAGGACAGUAGAAUGCAUGCAAUGAUGCAAUUAGACUCCAGACAGUAUGUGUAGCACCCCGUUAAUAUGUUCAGUAUUAACCGACAGAAAGGUAAUACGCAAAGUGCAUUUCUUUACACGCGCCGUUUCAUCCAAAACUACAGCUCUAAACUUUUAUUCCGGAAACUAUGAAGGAUCGCAGGGUAGAGGAGGUGUCUGGUUGUCUGAUGUCCGGACAAGACGGACGUACGGCUGCCUGUAACUUGAAUCCUUGCCUCCAAAAGCUAAUCCACCCCUGUACCAGCUGGUUUACAUAGACUGCAAAAGGAAAUAUUCGAUACGUCAUAAUGCAAUCCCUGUACGAUCGGUUUAUAGUAUACAAUAUAUA